AGUGGCAGUGAUCAGUGUGAGGGAAGACAUCGUUGUGAGGUACACACUCUCUCUCUCUCACAGAAGUCACCUCUGACAUCACUUCACCUCAUCUGGAAGAAAUGUUAUAAAUGAUGCAAAGGUGACAUUAAAUAGUUGAUACAAACUCACUACCAUUAUAGUAUGCUCCUCACUUAGCGACGAAUUCAUUUAACAACGUGGUCUUAGGAACAGAACUCCAUUGUUAAGCGAGGAGAGGCUGUAUGUGUCGCUGCAGACAGUAGGUGUUGGUAAAUGUGAAUUACUAAUGCCUUAAUAGUGAAAUGCCCAACGUCCUAGCUGCCUGCAUGCUUGUGUAUGUGUAGUACAUAUACGAUUUAAACUUCCUCACUACUACUGUAAGGACACAGAAACCAUCAGUAUUAUCCUGGCUCUAUUAAAAUGGCUAUGUUAAGGGGAUAUCUCUAUGUUGAUCUCAUAGAAGCAGAUAAUUUGCCAGAUUGUGAUACUGCAUUCUUCAAUAUUGAUCCCAAAGACACUUCAGAUGCUUUUGCUCAGGUUAAAAUAGGACCUUGUGUCCUUUGCAAGACAGCUGUAAUUAACAAUGACUUGUCACCUAAGUGGCAGGAAUCUCAUAGAAUUCCUGUAUGUCACCUUGCUGAUGAACUGCAAAUUCAGGUUUUGGACAAGGAUCAUUUUGAUGCUGGAGUAUUGGGUGAAGUCAGCAUCAGGCCGGAAGACCUUAUGGACGGUGAAACCCUGCAAGGAUGGUACCCACUGUCAGGCUGUGAUGGUCGUAUUAAUCUGAAGAUGAAUUAUGUCCCUAAAGAUAUGAUCGAGGCGACAUUUGAGGUUCCUGAUUGUUACUUCCCAUUAAGAGAAGGCUGCAAGAUUACCCUGUAUCAGGAUGCACACUGUCCACCUCUAUCCAUAUAUGAGGGCAUCCCAACAGUCGAUGGGGAAAUUUUCAAUGCCCCCUGUGCUUGGAUUGAUUUAUAUAAGGCAGUGAAUAGUGCUCAAAGAUUUAUUUAUGUUACUGGUUGGAGUGUGUACACAGCUACUGUCCUAGUCAGGGAUGAAUGUGACUGUGAAGAAGGCAAAGGAGAAUCAUUUGGUGAACUACUGAAAAGAAAAGCAGACGAGGGUGUGCGUGUACUGGUUAUGAUAUGGAAUGAGAAGAUGAGCACUGAUUUGACUGCUGGCUUUAUGGGUACCCACGAUGAAGAAACGCGGUUAUAUUUUCAAGAUUCUGAUGUCGAGGUAGCUGUAGUCCCUAGAGUACGGUCCUUGGAGGGAAUGGCAUCCUUCUUUCAAAACCAGUUUUCUCAGACAUGUUACACCCAUCACCAGAAAACAGUUAUUGUUGAUUGUCCUCCUGCAGAUGAAGAAGAACUUCCAAGAAUUCAAGCCUUUAUUGGAGGCCUUGAUAUUACUGAUGGUCGCUAUGAUACUCCAGAGCAUGAACUUUUCAAAACACUGCAGACCCUUCAUCAAGGGGAUUUCUAUAAUGGCGUUGCAACAACCACUUGUGAGGUUGGCCCUCGUGAACCAUGGCAUGAUAUUCACUGUCGUCUCGAGGGACCUGUAGCCUUGGAUGUUCUUGCAAACUUUACUGAACGAUGGAGAAAGCAGGUCCAUGAUAGAGAAUCUCGACUUCUUCCUAUUUCAAGAGAAGAGUUUUCAUUAGAACCAGUGACAUGUGAGGAAAGUGAAAUGUGGAGUGCUCAGAUAUUCAGGUCCAUCACAUCAGACUCUGCUCUUUUUAAAUUUGAUAGAUUUUCAACCAUUCCAAAGAGAAAAGGCAAAUACGUUGACGAUAGUAUACAUAGGGCAUAUAUUCAUCAAAUAAGACGUGCAGAUAGCUUCCUUUACAUUGAAAAUCAGUAUUUUCUUGGAUCAGCAUAUAACUGGGAUGAGGAACAGAAUACUAAGGCCUACCACUUAAUUCCACUGGAAAUUACUCAGCGUAUUGUGGAAAAGAUAAAUGAAGGAAAAUAUAUGGCAGCUUAUGUCAUUGUACCCAUGUUUCCUGAAGGAGAUCCAACAAGUGGUCCUGUUCAAGAAAUUCUCCAUUGGCAGCAUCGCACCAUGCAGAUGAUGUAUCGCACUAUUGCUCAGGCUAUUGAAGCUAAUGAGCUUGAUACCCAUCCAAGAGACUACCUCUCAUUCUUCUGUCUAGCAAAAGGUGAAUGUCCAGAUGAAAUUCCACAGGAUCUCUCUCCACCAGAGCCAGACACUCCUGCUGCCAAACUAAGAGAUAACGCAAGACUUAUGAUUUAUGUCCACUCAAAAAUGAUGAUAGUCGAUGAUGACUACAUCAUUGUUGGCUCUGCAAACAUCAAUCAGCGAAGCAUGGGUGGAACUAGAGAUUCUGAAAUAGCAGUGGGAUGCUUUCAGCCACUUCACACAAGAGAAGUUAGCGGUCAGCCACAAGGAUCUGUUUCUAAAUUCAGAAUGGCACUCUGGGCAGAACACCUUGGAAGUUUUGAUGAAACUUUCUUGAAUCCAGGUUCAAUUGAAUGUAUGAGAGCAAUAAAUGAAGUAUCAGAUAGCAACUGGACUGCCUAUGCAGCUGACGAGCCUUGUAAAAUUGAGGGACAUUUGAUGCGAUACCCUGUUGAUGUUUCCCAGGAUGGUUCAGUAAUGUCCUUGGAGGGUUCAGAAAACUUCCCAGACACUACAGCUCCAGUUCUUGGAGCUCCAAAUUUCUUGCCAAAUAAAUUGACUACUUAAUUACAAUGUAUUAUUGACUAAUUUUAAGAUUUUGCAAGAAAUAAUAAUCAAAUUAAAAUAUCAAUGAAUGUACAGAUUUCCAAGAAAGAUAUAUAUUUGUGUAAAAUUUUCAGUAAUUAUUAAAACCAGAUUAUUAGUUGAUUAUAAUUAUGCAAGUUGUCAGUUUGUUAAAUAGUGUUGUGUGAAUUACUUAGAAAUAUAAAGAAAACGUUGCACUUCUUUUGUAAUUUGACAGCUUUCAUUAUUAUAAUGGCAGUUUCAGGAACAAAAAAAGUUGCCCUUUGAAAGGCCUUGAAUGCAGUAAAGUGUAUAUCUUAAUUAGAUUAAAAAAAAAUAAUAAAUUAUGUAAUGAAAUUUUGUACUUUCCAAAAGUCAGGAAGAAUCGGCAGUGAUUUAUUGUAAAUUGAUAAGCCAAAGAUUUAUGUACAUUUCAGAAGGCUUUGGAGAUUAACCUAGAAUCUGUAAAUUGCAUCAGUACUGAAGUUAUUCAGUGAGUCACAAUUGAGAUGUAAUUGCAAAAUAAUUUAAAACAUUUGUUGUAAUCUUGUGAGUUUAUAAGGGCCCCUGACAUCUUGUGCUGUAUAUAGUCCUGCUUCCCAAUGAAGGAAAACAGAUGUUGCCCAAAGUUGGGCCAUAAAACAAAAAGUGAACAGAAUUUCCUUUAUAAAUAGAAACAAACUAUAGGUUCCCAAAUAGACUAGGUGGACCCCUUUGCCAAGUCCCAGCAGAGUGGGACACCCACACCCCUCGCCCAACUUCAGUAACCGACUUCACGCCAAAACCAUUAGAAAUAUCUGCAGAGGGGAAAAAAAAUGGAACUGGCUAAAAUUGAGCCAAUGACUGGUGCCCCUCCUGUAACAUGCCCAGCAGGCAAAGUAAGACGAGAACAAGCAUCCCAAAGAGAAGGGGAAAAAAUUUUCACUUGUGCUCAGGCGAGACGCCCACACUUGAUGAAGGCUGGCAUAGGAGUCUAUUGCAGUUAUGUGUGAUUUUUUCUAGCUAUGGUAUUUUUAACUUUUGUUGACAGUAAUUUAAAAAAUUCACUUUUGCAAAGCACAUUUGGUUAGAUAAUGUUUUAUUGUAUAAAGACUGAUGUCAUGUACAGUAUAAUUUAGUCAGCUCCUAGUUUAGUCGUGCAUUUUGGAAAACCUAUAUUUUAAGAAUUUCUAAAAGAAGAAUAUUAAGCUUAUAAAAAAUUUAGCUCAAACUUAUCCUAGAGAAAUUUGAUUCACACCCCUGAAUGAUGGAUACAACUUAAAACACGGACAAACCAUUCAUACUUGUUUUUAAUCUAGAAUAUAGAUUGAAAUCAUGCAGGUUUGACUUGCCAACACAGUAUGUUUAUAAUAUUAUCUACCAUAUUAUCAUCACUAUCUAACACGUAUUCCAAGAUAGUCUUAUUCUUAGUGCAUCAUAUCCUUAUUAUUGUAUCACUUUUAAUGUUUGUUCUAUUUACCAUGUUGCCAUUUCAACCCAAGGAUCUUAAAUAUCUAAUUGCAGUACUACUACUUUGAGAAUUUUAAUGGUUUGGCCUGUAGAUUCAGCUGAUAGUGCUUUAAAUACAUUUUCAGAACCGUUUGAAACUACUUUGUGUUGAUGUACCCUACACAGAAAAGUAUGUAGAAUUUGUGUAGCAGCAAUUAAAAAAAAGUUUGACACUAUACUGUAUAUGCUGGAAAUUUUCUACUCCCCUUAGUACCUGGAUUAGUCUAAAGUUUUAUUUAGAUAGCCUUUUGUGUAUUUGUUAAAAUUUAGAUCUUAUUCUCUUUACAAUUACUGUAUUGUAUAAUUUUGUUUAUACAAAGCAUUUGUGGACCAGAUAAGCAAGGCUUAUUUAGAAGGUAGUUAAAUUGAAGUGAAUUUGUCUUCCUUAUUCUUUAUCUUCAUUUUCCUCACUAAUAACUUUCCUGGGCUUUUAAUUGUUUGCUUUCUACAAGAAAUUACUCCCUUUUGUCAUAUUCUCCCAGUAACAUGCAGUGUAUCCAUACAAAAUGUGAAGCAGGAUCUGUAUUCACUCCUGUUAAUUUAAUUCCAGUCACCAGAGUUUAUUUGGCAUAUGCAGACAUUUUUAUUUGGCUGGUUUGAUUCAUGUUUUUAAUGUACAGUGGAACCUCGGCACUCAAACUAAUUGGUUCCAGAAGGCUGUUAGUGCUGAUCUGUUAGAGUACAGAACAAGUUUUUCCCAUCCAGUUUUCUUUUUGGUUGGCUGUUUGAAUACCGAAUUGUUUGAGUACGGAGCUGUUAGAGUACCGAGGUUCCACUGUAUAUAUAAAUAACUUGUUAAAGGCAGCUGUUCAAAGUAACCCUUGAUAGGCUAAGUGCAUUUAGUGUUUAUUAGAGAGUACUAAAAUGUGACUUUUUAAUAUGUGAUACUUGGAACUGGCUGCUUUACUAGGUGAAAGUCUCUCCAUCAUAAUGCAGUAAACCAUACAGCCAGGAUUAGACAACUUUCAAUAUUUGUACCAUGUUGUUAGAAUAC